AUGACUUCUCUACUUUCGCAUCAAAUUUCUCUUGCCUUUUUCGUAUCCUUUAUUCUUUUCUUUGCGUCAACAUCUUCAAAUGAAGAAAGAAAGGUAUAUAUUGUGUAUAUGGGAGCUCAACACUCAUCCCAGUACCCAACCUAUGAACUCCAUCUUAAUUUGCUUAAAGAAAUUCUUGUGAACUGCUCGCCUAGUGAGUCUUUGGUGUAUAGCUACCAAAGGAGUUUCAGCGGAUUUGCGGCCAAACUUUCGAUGGAUGAGGCAGAAAAAUUGAGCGAAAUGGAGGGAAUAGUUUCAGUGUUUCGUAGUAAAACGCUAAAGCUUCAUACGACGAGAUCAUGGGAUUUCCUCAACUUCCCGCAAAAAGUAAACAAGAAUCCCAUAUUGGAAAGUGAUGUCAUCAUCGGAAUGAUCGAUAGUGGAAUUUGGCCGGAAUCCAAAUCCUUCAACGAUCAGGGAUUGAGGCCUCCGCCUAGAAAAUGGAAGGGUGCUUGUGUAAAUAUGACAUGCAACAAUAAAAUCAUCGGGGCGCGCUACUACAAUAGAUUUUUAGGUGAUUACAAGUUGAGCGAGCGAUCGCCACGCGACUUUCAAGGUCACGGGACUCACACAGCAUCCACUGCCGCUGGUCGGACCGUCUCCCAUGCCAGCCUCUACGGCCUCGCCAAGGGCACGGCCCGAGGGGGCGUGCCGUUGGCGAGGCUCGCAAUAUACAAGGUGUGCUGGUCGUUCGGGUGCACAGAUCCAGACAUCUUGGCGGCAUUUGACGAUGCGAUCUCCGACGGCGUCGACAUCAUCUCCCUGUCUGUCGGCCAUUCCACCGCCGCGGAUUACUUCCGGGACUCGAUAGCUAUCGGCUCCUUCCACGCCAUGGCGAACGGGAUUUUGACGUCGACCUCUGCGGGGAAUGCAGGGCCAUACCAUGGCACAGUCGACAACGUGGCACCGUGGAUGUUGGUCGCGGCGGCGAGCAGCAUCGAUAGGCACAUCAUAGACAAGGUGGUCACCGAAGACCAUGUGUCCACUUUGGGAAAUGCAACUACUUCACCAGGGGAUUGCACUGCUUUACCAGAUAUAAACAUGGUGAAAGGGAAGAUUGUUCUCUGCAAGUACUUCUCUGACGAAAUUUUUAGUACAGGCAUUAAAGGAUUGAUAUAUAUAGAUGACUCUUCACUUGACGUUUCCUACUUAUACCCAGUUCCAUUCAUUACAGUCAGUUCCUUGAAUGGGCUCAACCUUUUGAGCUACAUAAACAACACUAAAAAUCCCGUGGCUAACAUCCACAAAAGCGAAGAAGUUUUUGACUCCGAGGCUCCCCUGGUUGCUUCGUUCUCAUCGAGAGGCCCAAACACCAUCACCCCUGACAUCCUCAAGCCUGAUAUAAGUGCUCCAGGAAUUGACAUUUUGGCCGCCUGGUCACGGGUUGCACCAGUGUCAGGCAUCAUCAACGACACAAGGGUCGUAAAGUACAACAUAAUCUCCGGCACUUCCAUGGCUUGCCCCCACGUAACCGGCGCCGCCGCCUACGUCAAGUCUUUCCACCCAAAUUGGUCGCCGGCAGCCAUCAUGUCGGCGCUCAUGACGACAGCCAAACCGAUGUAUCCUUCGGCCGGCCAAGACGAAUUAUCGUAUGGAGCUGGGCAACUGAACCCGGUAAAGGCCGUCCACCCAGGUCUUGUCUACGACGCUGGUGCCAGUGACUACGUGCAAAUGCUCUGUAACUCGGGCUACAACGAAACCAUGAUCAGGAUCGUCACCGGGGACGCCAGUUCCUGCUCUGCCAGAAACAAUGGAACGGCGAGGGAUCUUAAUUACCCUUCCAUGGCCUUACAUGUUCAAUCCGGCAAAGCCUUUGCCGCGAAGUUCUUGAGAACAGUGACCAACGUCGGCUGCGCCCGACGCUGCAGGUACAAGGCGGAGGUCUGGGCUCAUCACAGACUUAAUGUGGUGGUGAAUCCUAGUAAGUUGAAGUUUUCGGAGUUGAAGGAGAAGAGGCAGUUCACUGUGUCGGUUUCAGGCCGGUCAUUGCCAGGGAACUCGACGGUGCCGGCGACGAUCAUUUGGUCGGACGGGAAGCAUCAAGUGAGGAGUGUGAUGGUUGUCUACACGGAUUAUACAGAUUUCUUUUCUUGA